AUGAAAGUCGCUGUGGUUACAGGAGCGUCGACUGGUCUCGGAAAAGCUAUCGCCGUUUAUUUUGCGUCAAAGGGAUUUGCCGUUUCGAUCACCGCGCGCUCGGGAGAUGCUCUCCAGAAAACGAAAGCUGAAUGUGUGGCAGCUGGAAUCAAAGAAAAUGCGGUGGUAAUCACGGUCGGAGAUUUGACGCAGGCGAGCACAGCCGAGGCCGUUAUCAAGAACACUGUUGAUAAACUUGGAUCGAUUGAUGUUUUGAUCAACAACGCUGGUUACCUUCAAUUCGGAGCCCUUUCAACGGCAACUGUUGAGGAUUUCGAUAAGCAAUUUAAUCUAAACGUCAGAAGUCUUCAUCAAAUCACUCGUCUCGCAAUUCCACAUCUCAUCGCAUCCAAAGGAAACAUUGUGAAUGUGAGCAGCGCUGGAUCGAUGAUGCCGGUGCCCGGAUGCGCAUUUUAUUGUAUGUCGAAGGUUGCUCUCGACAUGUACACAAAGAGUUUGGCGCUGGAGUUGGCUCAAAAAGGAGUUCGCGUUAACAGCAUCAAUCCGGGCUUGGUGAUGACUGAUUUCUCGGUGGCUGCUGGCUUGGCUACACAAGAAAACAAAGCAGAAGGCUAUCUG